AUGACAGACAUCUAUAUAGCUGGUGCUAUUGCAGCAUUUACAGUAGACGUUUUGGUUUACCCUCUUGAUACUAUCAAGACUCGUAUGCAGAGUCAAGAUUAUAUCAAGACAUAUUCAGGGAGUUCGAAGAAUGUAUGGGCCAUAAGAGGGCUUUACCAAGGCAUCGGAAGUGUAGUGCUGGCUACUCUUCCAGCAGCUGGUCUGUUCUUCUCAACAUAUGAGAGCGCGAAAAAAGUCAUCGGCAAUGCGACACCACUACCACAGCCCUUGGUCCAUUCAGCAGCUUCAGGAGUUGCAGAAAUGGCGUCCUGCUUAAUCCUCGCACCAGCAGAAGUCAUCAAGCAGAAUGCACAAAUGCUGCAUAACGAUAGUCAUGGGGCCUCGAAGUCUGGAUCAUCAACAUCACUACAGGCUUUCCGUCAGCUGGCCGGUGAUGGUGCAUCCCGACGUCUGUUUACUGGCUACACAGCACUCGUUGCACGAAAUUUACCUUUCACAGCUCUUCAAUUCCCCAUUUUUGAGCACGUACGUUCAACAUACUGGACUUCCAAAGGACCUGAUAGUUCAGACCCAAGUUUAAUCGAAACAGGGUUGGUGACAGGUCUAAGCGCAGGAAGCGCAGGAUCAGUGGCAGCUUUCAUAACCACACCAAGCGACGUUGUCAAGACGCGGAUGAUGUUGAGUGCCGGUAAUCAGAACGAAAGUUCCACGCAGGGCCAGGGUGAAGUUGCGGCUAAGAUGGAGGGGAAACGCCCAAAGAAGGGAGCAUGGACCGUGUCCAAGGAGGUUUACCAGGAAAGGGGAGUUCGAGGCUUUUUCCGGGGUGCGGCUCUGCGGUCAUCAUGGACGAUGUUGGGAAGCGGACUAUACUUGGGGUCUUACGAGAUGGCCAAGGUCUGGUUGAGAAGAGGGAAACCGGGUGUUGAGGAUGAUGCUGUGCUAUGA